GACGGGAAACGGUCGCGGGACGAUGACGUAGCGGGGGCUGGGCCUUGGACCGGCGCCUUCGCCACCGCCGUCUCCACCGCCGUCGCCACCUCCCCCGCCGCCGCCCCUGCCGCCGCCGCCGCCGCCGCUGCCGCCGCUGCCGUCGUCGUUGUUUCAGUUGCUGCCAGGACCGCGGGAGAUGGAGGAGAAGGAGCAGUUGCGGCGGCAGAUCCGUCUCCUGCAGGGUCUCAUAGAUGACUACAAAAAUUUACAUGGCAAUGCCCCAGCCUCAUCAACUACCCAGUGGCAUCCGUCCACAUAUAGCAGUGGCAGGGUUUUCGGCCCCCGAUAUUCUCGCCCUGGUCGGAGGGGUUUCCCACCACACCAUGGCCCCUCAUGGCGGAAAAAAUACUCCCUUGUGAAUCGACCUUCAGGAUCCAUGGACCAGCCUGGUGAUAAUGGAAGUACCAGUGUAGCUCAGCCUUCUCUCAGUUCAGAGGACAGUCAGGACCCAUCUUCUCAGCAUUAUGUCCUUGAGAGGCAGGUGCAGCUCAAUUCAGAUCAGAACAUGGUAAUCAAAAUUAAACCACCACCAAAGUCUGACUCACUUGUUGACUCUGAUACCUAUCGAGCAUCAGUCGAUGAUAAUGAAGGUAGUCACAGGAUUGACCAAAGGCCUAAGGAAGGUGAGGGAGAUCCCCCCGGGGGUAAGUUACAAGGCCCUCGACCAACAAAACUUGAGGGUAGUAGCAGUAAGGAGGAUCCUCUUUUGGUCUGUCUCAAAGAACCUGGCAAGCCUCGGGUUGUGAGGUCUAUGGGCAUUACUCCUGGGGGCUCUCAUGAACCCCGAAGGACUGUUAGUGAAAGUGCCAUUGUAUUAAAGUCCAAGCCUACUUCUUUCCAGUCUCCUCGUUCAGGCCUUGGAAGGAAACUAGGAUGCUCUCUUCCAUCCAGUUUAGGCUUACAGCAUUCUGUGUCAGACAGAGACUCUCUCCUUAGUCACACAAGCAGCCCUACUCAGGCAGAAGUAUCUGUUACUAUAAGGAAGCAGGGUCACUCACCUAAACAAGUCAGAGAAAACUGUUUGCUGGUGCCUUGCAGGACUAAUAAAUUUCGGAAAAACAACUAUAGAUGGGUUAACAGCUCAGUGAAGAACCCGAGGGCCAUUAGAAGAUAUUCUAGCCCAAGGACAGCUCCUGAAACCUCUAGAAAGGUAUCCUUUGGAACAUAUGAAAGAGCUGGUAAAUCACAACUUAGGGCUGAUCUAGAUACCAAGUCAAAGAAGGCAUCAGUGACAUCCAAGCCUGGAACCUCAACCAGCAAAUACAAAUGGAAAGCCUCUAGCCCGGCAUCCUCAUCUUCAUCCUCUUUCCUUUGGCAUUCUGAACCUGCCAGCAGAGAUAGGCCCUCCCAUCCCUCUGCCGGAGAUUCAAGAACUCCUAUUCUGAAUAGAGCAGGAGUGGGAGCCAGUGGAUUAAAAACUCCCUAUGGUGAAGCACCCCUCUCUCCUUACAAAGUAAAGAGCCGAACCAAGAUCAUUCGAAGGAGGGGGAGUACAAGCCUUCCUGUUGAUAAGAAGAGCAGUCCUUCAUCAUCUGGUACACCAAAGAACCAUUAUAGCCUUCGGAGGAGAAAUAGCCUUCGGGGGAAAGUCACUCCUGUUCUGAAGAGGACUCCAAACAAAGGGCUUGUGCAGAUUACCAAGCACCGGCUGUGUCGGCUACAGCCAUCUCGGAGUACUGUGCCUGCUAAGGAAGCACCAGCCUUACAUGCCUUACGGACUUCUCCAUCCAACAAAGUGAUUAAGACCCGUUACAGGAUAGUGAAGAAGAAUUUUCCAUCUUCAUUCAGUCUUCCAGCUUUCAACAUUCCUAGUUCCACAUGGAAAGCCAGGCGACUUACAGCAUCAAGACUGAAUAGAAUGCGACAAUCAGCCCUGAGUGGGAAAGCUCAGACAAGUCCACCAACAUGGAAGAGCAAGGGUUACCGGUGUAUCGGAGGUGUCAUGUACAGGGUGUCUGCAAACAAGCUUUCCAAGACCUCAGGCCGACCUCAGGAUGGGAACAGCAAACAUCUUCUAAGAGGAGGAAGAUCAGAUGGAGCCACCAGCAGCCCUAGCUAUUCCCCUGGCAGUGCCAGCCUGGGCCGAGGAAGUUCAAGUCGUUCAAUUGCCAGCCGAGCCAUCCAACGAAGUCUGGCUAUCAUUCGCCAGGCCCGGCAGAAGAAGGAGAAGAAGCGGGACUACUGCAUGUACUAUAAUCGCUUUGGAAAGUGCAACCGGGGCCAGCAUUGCCCCUACAUUCAUGACCCUGAGAAGGUGGCUGUGUGUACCAGGUUUUUACGGGGCACAUGCAAGAAAACCGAUGGGACCUGCCCAUUUUCCCACCAUGUUUCCAAAGAGAAGAUGCCUGUGUGUUCCUACUUCCUAAAAGGGAUCUGCAAUAAUAGCAACUGCCCAUACAGCCAUGUGUAUGUGUCAAAGAAGGCAGAGGUCUGUGUGGACUUCCUCAAAGGCUACUGCCCCAUGGGAGAAAAGUGCAAGAAAAAGCAUAUGCUCCUGUGCCCAGACUUCUCCCGGAAGGGGAGCUGCCCCAGAGGCUUACAGUGCCAGUUGCUCCACCGACCCAGGAAGCGCCUCAACAGACGGUCUGUUCCACCCCAUCCUCCUGAGACCAGUGACUCGCCCACCAAGUGGAAGAGAGUUCGGAGUGCUGCCCCCAGGAAGUAUAUGUCUCCAAAAUCCCAGACCAGGAAUAUCUCCAGCUCCUCCUCCUCAUCUUUCCUGUCAUCAUCAUCAGCAUCUUCCUCGGCAUCAUCAGAUGCAGAGGAUUCACAUCUAGGGAAUACGGAGGCAUCAGGUUCCAGGAACCUCUCCAAGCUGCCUUCCUACAUCUCUUUGCAGUCUUCAUCUAGCCCUCGGGGCCACUCGGCUUCCCGAGCACGUAGGAAGAGCCCAGCCAAAGAGGAGACGGAUGUCCUUAAGAAAGAGUUUGCCCAGCUGAAGACUGAGGGAUAUUACCCUGCUUUCUACCUACGAGGUUAUCCAUGGCGAACAUUUGAGCCCAAGUUGCCUCCCCGCCUCCGUUCCGCGCGCUCUCGCCACCCAGCCCAUGUGGGCCUGGGGGAGGCAGACUCCCUGGAACCCCAGCCUGAGCCACGCAGUAUUAGGAGGGGAAGCCACUGCAAAUCAAGCCUCGACUCUGAGUUGCCCAGGGCCCGGCCCACAAGACGACGGCAUCGCCCCUCAGGAAGCCCAGCAGCCCGGCCCCAGGUUGGCAUCUACCUCAAGGGCCCAAAGGCCAAAAACUGCUGUCGAUGCCGCUGCCGCUGCCGCUGCCACUGCCAAAAGAGGGGCCGAGGCCCCCGCCCUGCCAGCGCUCGCCGCCAGGCUGCCAUCUCCCCGAUUUCCUCAAGGAGCUGGCAGGCGGUUUCCCCAUUUGACUUUUAGCCUUUUCUUAUUUAAAGAGUGACCAGGGCCUUCUCUUCUUCCACCUUCCUCAUCUUUUCUUCACCACAUGUUAUCCUCAUUCCUUCCUCACCCUAAGUUGGGUCUCAGGGCAAAGGUCAGCCUAGCCAUGCCCCUGAAGCAGGUACCAAGGCCACCUGACAAUACACCACCUCUCCCCUGCUCCAAAACCCUGCACCCCUUCCCAGAGAGCCCCAGUUCUCUCCAGCCCAUCAGCUGUGAAUAGAGUUUGGGGACCUGAUUCCUUGUAGGCACAAUGCUCUAGACGGGCCUUCCACAUGUUGCUCAGGGUGAGGAGAAGGGGUGCCUGGAGCUUUCUGGGGAUGGAGGUGCUCUUUCCUAGUGCAUUAGAUUCCAUAGCAACAGAGAAGUCACAGGGGCUCCCCUGUGGGUGGAAGAAGUCUCUUUCCUUCCCUACCCUCAGACUCCCUGACACAAGUGCAGUAUGUAGGAAUGUGACUGGCAGGGCACUGGCCUCCUCUGGGGUCAGGGCCUAAUAUUUCUCUCUGCUCUCCAUUCUGUCUGCCCCUAUCUUAUCUCUUCUCUGGCUGGUCCUCAUCUCUUCCUCUCCUCUCUUCUCUCCUCCUCCUUUCCUUGCCCUCCCCUUCCUUCUGUCCUUCUGUGUCCUCUUCUACGCCCACGUGGAUGUGUGUGAAUGUGAUCUGCUCAGUAGCUCUGAAAGAUGUAACCAAGACACCUUGAUCCCCUCCAAGUAGCUCCAUGGGGUAGGAACCCUCCUCAUCCCCCUGCCCAUCCUACCACCACCAAGGUCCUCCUGCUGGCCUGACUGCCCUGGCCUCUUGUUGGCAUUUUAUGUUCAGCAAUAAAAGUUCCUGUGUCUUA